GUCGUAGGACUUCCGAAAUUCUACAAAGGCAGUGUUUAGACACCUAGGAUGACGCAAUCUCCGCGCGAGGUGGGCGGGGUCCCGCGAGGGUACUUAUUCUGAAGAGUUUCUCACCGGGGCGGAAGUCGUCAAUAAAGCAGCGGCGGCCGUAGAUGCUUGGUCUUCCGAUAAGACAGAGGACCAAUGAAGAAAUUUGAUCUUCCCAAAGUCACAGAAUAUUGGUGAAUCAGGUCAAGAGCACAGGAUUGUAACUGCAAAGACCAGGGAGGGAUUUUUAUAUAUUCUCAUAGGAAAGAGUUUGAAGAUCUUUACAACUCUUGCUGGAAAAUGCCCAAAGUCAAAAGAAGCCGGAAAGCUCCUCCAGAUGGUUGGGAAUUGAUCGAACCAACACUGGAUGAACUAGAUCAAAAGAUGAGAGAAGAGCUCUAUGAAUACUGCAUUAAAGAAGGCUAUGCAGACAAAAACCUAAUUGCCAAGUGGAAAAAGCAGGGCUACGAGAAUUUGUGCUGCCUACGCUGCAUUCAGACCAGGGACACCAACUUUGGGACGAACUGCAUUUGCCGGGUUCCGAAAAGCAAGCUGGAAGUGGUAAUGCCUGAUGGCUGGACGGGGAAUUAUUUUCUGUUUAAAGCUCAUCUUAGUUGACCAUAAUGGGUAUUUUGGGAAGGAAUUUUGACAUUGGAAAUCUGUCUGCCAUCCCUCCCAAGAGUGAGUCCUUCCGAUUAGAAUUUUUCCUAGUGAGAUCUAAGACUGAUCUCAACACUACCUGUGGUCAAUAACUGGACCAAGCCUCUUUUCUUAAGCAGUAGCUCUGAGGUAAUGGAAGGGCUACAUUGGCGUGGCUACUAGGCAACCUAUCCCUUUCUCUCUGGCCUCAUGGUGACAGUCUCUGUGUAUCUUCUGUCAGAACUUUGUCCAAAGCAAGGGGUGGUGACUCAUGCCAUAAUCCCAGCACUUGGGAGGUUGAGACCAGCCUGGACUAGCGCAGAGAUCGUGUUUCAAAAUAAUAAUUAUGAUGAUGAUGAUUUCAAAGCUAGGCACCUGGCAGUGGUGCUGGGGUAUAGU